CGUACAUACUGCACUGCAUGCAGUACAUAUGUACGUAGACCAUCGAAAAGGUGGCUACCGUAGAAACGGCUGCGAGCUACACCUAAAAUAUGUGCACGAAUUUCGUCUUUUUUGGAGUACGUGUGCACAGCAAAAGUCAACUGUCUACGAGACUAAACCUGCAGGGAUUCUUUGUGGUUGGAAUGACUAGCUGUCGUUCGUGGCUUAGGUGGAUUUGAGGUCGUUCUUUUUGGUUGCUACGGUCGGCUGGCUGUGUCGUCUGCUGCGCUGGCGGCCAUCGUGUUCGUAUGUCAUACAAACCGUACACAACCUAACGCAACCGGCCGUGGAGUUGGUGUUUAUCUUUCACACUGAUCAGUACUGAAUUGCAACUGCAAGUUUAUUUAUGAGGAGGACGACAACAAUGUGUCAAGAAUUAGGCCCACUAGGGAGCAAGAUUUGUUUUCUUCAAGAAACUUAAUCCUCUCAAUUUCAGCGGCCUACAUUUUCAAUAGAAUUUAUCGUCUGACACUGUUCUGUCAAAUUUGCAAUUGCAGUCAACAAGAACAAUGCAUAAAUCUGACCUGAAUUUAGACCGAGUUAUAGAACAGCUACUGCAAACCACAGGGAAGCAGGUCCAACUUCCAGAGAACCAAAUCCGACAGCUAUGCCAGCUGUCAAGGGAGAAGUUCCUGGAGGAGCCCAUGUUGCUGGAACUGGGCCCCGUCAACAUUGUAGGGGACAUUCACGGCCAGUUUAUGGACCUGAUCCGGCAUUUUGAAACGCUAGGAUACCCCCCUGAGAGUAACUACCUGUUCCUGGGUGACUACGUUGACAGAGGCAAGCAAUCGCUGGAGACGAUCUGCCUAAUGCUGGCAUACAAAUUGAAGUAUCCCAGCAACUUCUUCCUCUUGCGUGGGAACCACGAAUGUGCCAGCAUAAACAGAAUAUACGGUUUUUAUGAUGAAUGCAAACGCAGGUACAACAUCAAGCUGUGGAAGACUUUCACAGACUGCUUCAACUGUUUGCCAAUCGCGGCUUUGGUGGAAGGCACAAUAUUCUGUAUGCAUGGCGGGUUAUCUCCGGACCUGUCUACUGUGGACCAGCUCAGGCACAUCAAUCGACCCCUAGACAUUCCUGACCACGGCCUGGUGUGUGAUCUACUAUGGGCUGAUCCCGAUGACGAUAUCACAGGCUGGGGGGAGAAUGAUCGCGGUGUAUCCUACACGUUCGGUGGUGAUGUGGUGCGACACUUCCUGAAGAGGAACGAUCUCAGCCUUAUAGUCCGGGCUCACCAGGUUGUUGAAGACGGGUACCAGUUUUUCCAGAAGAGGAACCUAGUGACGUUGUUCAGUGCCCCCAACUACUGCGGUGAGUUUGACAACGCGGCCGGCGUCAUGAUAGUCACGGAGGACCUCACGUGCUCCUUCUCCAUACUGCCGCCCGAAAGCAAGAAGGAGAUAGCCAGCAAGAAGAAAUAACAAGAUGUUGUAGAGAAUGGAGAUUAUAGAAUGCUCACCUUGGUCAAAACACAUUGCAACAGAGUCAACUUGGUCAACAGAGGGAGUCCUGUUACUGUUCGCCUUAUGGAUUUCACCAAUCAGGCAAGGUUUCACUAGGGAAUAUGGGAAGAGAGUUGGCAUCAGCCCAACCAAAGUAAAAAUGUUACAGCUUCAGUGUUUCCAUAAAAAAAAAACUAACUAAUUGAAAUGUGAAGGGAAAAAAUGACCAAUUGUGACUAGGAAGAUAGAAAUACACAUGGAGCCUUUUUUUUUCAUUUGUACUUUUCAGAUAUUUGACAAUGAGUACUCUUUGAGGUAAAUUUUCUUCAGUUUUUCAACAACUGCCAAAAAGUCUCAGAGGCUGGGUUUUUUUUUAGCCAAAUGCUUUAAAGUUGCUCUCCUUUGCCUUCUCUACAAACUCCUUUUUUGUCUCCUUACAAAUUUUCAAUUUGUAUGUUUUAUUUUUCCCCUCCUGCUGUUUGAACAGUCACAGACAGUCAAAAAAUCAAUCCUCUUCCCUGCCAUGCC